AUGCAUGGUAAUAGACAGUCUCUUUUUCCGCCAGGACGAUGGGUGCGUCCUAGCAAUUCAUACCAUUUCUAUCUUGGGAUCGGAGCUCCAUUGACUCCUUCGUGGACUGUCCUAGCAGAUCGGCCCUCUGACACUACUACCUUGACUUCCUCCACUACUCCCGAUGAUGACCUCACGAACGAUGCGCAGACACAUUCAUUGACUUCCAAUGCUUCUAUCCCACCACACUCCUCCGCUCCUAUUCCGAGCAGAACAGCUCCCAUCUCUGUCAACACAUCGACUCCAGUCCUCGGCCCAUCAGCCGCCCUUUACCCCAAGCCAAGUCCCAAUUCCAGCCUAGGGAUCAUCGAUACGGAUGCUUGGAUACACGAAAUCUUUUCGUCAGCAGAGGGACGGCCCUACGAUCGAGACUGGACAAGCAAACACAACGUCAGCGAAGACAUUCUCAUGGAGGUUCCGAGCAAGCACAAGAUUAAACCUCCUCGUCAGACGCGGUGCCGUGGUGGUAAGGCGACAAGGACCUACCGAUUCCUACCGGCAGAACCUAUGCGUGGGAUUUGUGCCCACUCGAGCGGCGUCCCGCGGCAUUCUCUGCUCAAUGCGAGGUCCCAAAGACUUCAUCAGCGGCAGGAACGAGGAGCACGCAGCACGAUACGAUCACGCAGUUCCAGUAGGAUAGAAGGAAAUGAGGCGUGUAUCGAGUAUUGGCCGGGAUUUCGGGACUUCCUUCGACGUCAGACAAGCACACCAGGUGUGGGAAGACCAGAAAGUGAGACUGGUCGCACGCAACAGCCGGGCCGUCGUUUGAAGCAUGUGGAAGGCUCGUGA